CAAAAAUACAUCAUGAGGCGCCUAAUUAGACUGCAUCUUGGAUUUGCAACGUUGAUUACAAGAAUUAACAGUUCUUCUUAUAAUUUCAUAUUUAUAAUAGAGAUAUUUCCAUUAUUAAAUAGUAUUUAUUACUAACUAGGUAAACAAUCCUGUUAAGACAUUAGAUAUAACUACCCACCCAAUAAUCAAUUUUUAAUCUUCAUUCAAGAAUUUCAAAAGAUCAUUUAUGCAAAAUAUAGUGAACAACAAUGAAGUUAUAAAAGAUGAAAUUUCACAACUUAUCUACUUAAUCAACUCUAGUCUAUCUAUGAUAGGUGAGUAAAAAAUCAAAAAGAAAACUGUAACUAGACUUAAUAGAGUGACUUACAACACCUAAAUUAUAGGUUAAUCAUAAAGAUAAAUUAAAAAUAUCAUAAAGAGGAACUUUUUUAUCAAUAAAAGGGGAUUAUACAAUUUCUAGUAUUUUGCUAUUUAUAAACCUUAGAAGACAGAUCCAAAUUUAAUAUUGUAUUAUGCCUCCUUAAUAGCAAAUCUUUUUUGAUCCACAAUUUUGAAAGAUA